AUGGCUAACAGGAGUCUCAUUGGUUUGGCUUGCUGUGUCCUCUACUGGGUUCACCUGUCAGAAGGCAAGACAUCAGGGUACCAGCUGGAAUCAGAGACCCUUUCCGCAUGUGAACUGCUCAGGGUUGAUGGGGCGUCAGGGCAGCAAGAGCACGUGGCCCAGUGUGCAGAGGAUGGCAGAUUCAGACAUGUGCAAUGCAGUCGCGGUGGGGACGAGUGCUGGUGCGUGAAUGCUGUAGGUGUCGAGAUUCCUGGGAGCAGGCAGAAGGGAUCAGCUGUACACUGUCUUACGCCAUGCCAGCUCCGUCGGCAGCAGGUCCUGCUCAGCGGUGAGGACGCCGCGCAGGUGCCCCUGUGCUCCGACUCCGGAGGGUACCGACCCAUACAGUGUGACCGCACCCUAGGCCAGUGCUGGUGUGUGGACCAGGAUGGAGAGGAGAUCUAUGGAACACGCCAGAACGGGGAGUUCUCUCGUUGUCCAGGGAGCUGCGAGAUCCAGGAGCGACGUCUCCUCCACGGAGCCGGCCAGAAUUCCCCUCCCCAGUGCUCAGCAGAUGGGGGCUUUCUGCCUGUCCAGUGCAAGUUCAUCAACACCACAGACAUGAGGGAGGUCGACCUGCUGCUCACCUUCAACCGAUCACCAGAGUUGUUCCAGACAUUCAGCGGCUUCAGGCGAUUGUUUCCGGAAAUCUCCAGCUACUGCUUCUGUGCCGAUAGUCUUGGCAGGGAGAUGCCUAAUACAGGUGUGGAACUGCUGCUGGACGAGGUAUACGACACAGCCUUUUCGGGCACACAGUCCGGUCUCUCCUUCUCUCAGUCCAAUAUAUACCGUGUCCUGCAGAGGCGAUUCCUGGCUCUGCAGCUGGCUAUCAGUGGCAAGUUUCGAUGUCCGUCAAGGUGUGAAAGUGAGAGAUCGUCCAGCCUGAAAGCAGGGAACGUGUUUGUCCCCACUUGUGAUGCGGAUGGAACCUACAAGCCCGUGCAAUGCCAGCCUGGUGGUCAGUGCUGGUGUGUAGACUCUUCUGGGAGUGAGGUUCUGGGAACCCGGCGACGUGGCGGGCCACCCAACUGCAGAGCUGCAGGAAGAGGCUGUCCCUCAGAGAGACGACAAGCCCUCUCCAGGAUCUUCCUUGGUCCAUCUGAUGAUUUAAGCCCACUGGACAUGUUCUCGGGGAAACAGGCGGACAGGGAGAGAGACCCCAUUCCCUUGAGCCUCUGUAGCCCAGAAGUACAGGAACUGUUGGCUAAGUCUGGCCUGCUUCGCUCGGUGCCCCAGACAGAGCAGUUUGACAUGGGAGAUGUUCUUUCUGAGGUCAUUCAAGGCAUGUUCCCUACAGGAGCCUUGGCCCUCAAAGCCCUGUCUGUCACCACUAAUCCAAAACGGCUGCAGGAAAACCUCUUUGGAGGGAAGUUCUUGAAAAAUGCUGGGAACUUCAACUUCACUGGUGCUGUUGGACUGAGGGGUACUUUUAGUUUCAGGCAGGCAUUCGACCAAGUGGGCCUCAUGGAGAUUGGCAGUGACCUCACUCAGCUGGCCAAGGUUUUCUCCCCAGAGAUGGACUCCAGGCCUGAGAACGUGAACUUGGACCAGGAAAUCCAAGAUUCUUUUGGCCGGCCCAUCAAUUUGAAGAAUAACCAGAAUCUUAUCAAGCUAUUGGGAACGACACUGGAGAACGAGCAGUUCUUUACCACGUUGCGAGACAUCAUCAUCCUCUCGAAGGCAGAGGACAGCACAGAACUGGGCAUUCUCUUCCGGGCUGCGUUCCAGAGCUCCCGGCAGGGUGCCUGCAAGCGAGACCCUGAGGUUCUGUACGUGCCCCGCUGCACAGAUUCUGGGCAGUACCAGGAGGUACAGUGUCAAGGACCAGUGUGCUGGUGUGUCGACCCCCAGGGGUUGGAGGUUGCCGAAACGCGCUUGGUGGGCCAGAGGCCCAGGUGUCCUUCACAGUGUGAGAAAGAGCGGAAGGCAGCCAUGAUGUUGAAAGCCAGCCUGUCUGCAGGGUCGGAGCUCUUCAUCCCGAAGUGCGAGGCUGACGGGACCUUCGCCCCUCUGCAGUGCUCAGGGAAGAACUGCUUCUGCUUGGACAGCAAGGGAGGGAAGCGCCGCUUCAUUGUUGUUGGCCAAACUAAGCAAUGUCCUACGGACUGCCAGGUGGCAGCGGUACAGCGGUUCUUGAGCGUGGUUCAGUCCUUGCUCUCAGAUCCAUCUGCAGUGUCCCGAGUCUCCGAAGUCUACCUUCCCCGCUGUAAUAUGGAUGGUAGCUGGCAUGACAUCCAGUGCGAUGGACCCCCGGAGCAGGCCUUCCAGUUCUACCAAGAAUGGGUCAGCCUCAACAACGGCGGGAGGCCACUGCCUGUCCCUGAGCUCGUUGGCACCAUCAGGGAGUAUGCAACCAGGCCUGCCGCUAUGGCAUCCUUUCAGGAGUUUGUCAAGGAGCUGUUUGAUUCGGGACACCAGAGAGUCUUCCCUGCCCUGUCCCAGUACACUGACUUCAGUGACAUCCCCCAGGAGAUUCUGGAAGGAGAUCCUGAGAUAGUGGGUGGACCCUCGGUGCUGCUGAACCCCCUAUCACUAUGGCAGCUGCUCCACAGCAAUGCCACCACCUACCCGGGGAAACUUUCGGACUUCAGCACACCCCUGGCGCACUUCAACCUCCGCCAGUGCUGGUGCAUCAAUAAGGCCAAUGACAUGAUCUCAGACACGAAGGCAGCAGCCAACCAAAUUCCAUACUGUCCAGGCCCGUGCUCCCUUGUGAGCCGCCAGGUGGACCAGUUCCUGCGAGAAGCUGAGGAGGUGAUCUCCAUCUCCAACAGCUCCCAUUUCCCUCUGGGCUACGGGUUCCUGCUGGCCAAGGGCCUGGGCCUCACCCGGGAGGAGCUUCAGAGUGACGUUUCUCCUGGGAGCUUCUUGGCUGAGCGCUUGCUUAGUCCCGCUAAUUCCGCCCUGCGCCUCGCUGUCCACUCCACGCUGCAGUUCUACUGGCGUCAUCAUCGGGCUGCAACUGGAGAACAGAGGGAAGGUCUCCUGCUGGGGUACCAGCCGUACCGCCCCCAAUGCGACGCCCGCGGCCAUUGGCUCCCCGCUCAGUGCUACCACAGCUCAGGCCAGUGCUGGUGCGUUGAUGAGGAAGGAAGGUAUAUCGCAGGAUCUCUGACCCGCCGGGGAGCACGGAUGCCAAAGUGUGCUACCCCAUGCCAACGAGCUCGAUCCCAGGCUCUCAUUUCUGGCUGGACUCCAUCUGUGUCUGACUUCCUCCAGCCAGUGACUUCAUAUAACCCUUCUUGUCAAGAAAAUGGAGAGUUCUCUGUGAUGCAGCCUGAGGACCCAGAUGGCCUGGCUUGGUGUGUGAGUCCUGUUACUGGAAAGGCCAUUCGUCCUGCUUCCCCUGGAAAGAGCGGAGCCCUUCAGUGCCCCGGCUGGUGCGAGAUACUCAGGGCUCAGGUUGUCACAAGGGAGGCUGGGGUUGGCUAUGAGCCCCAGUGUCAAGCGGAUGGACGACUCUUCUCUCCAAUGCAGUGUGACCAGGCAGAGUGCUGGUGUGUCUCGCAGGGCGGUCAGGAGCUCCCGGGGACCAGACUGGGCCGCAGGGAUGGCAAUCUCCCGGCCUGCCAUGAACCGCAGUGUCCAUACCUACUUGAUGACACCCUUCUCUCCCACGGCGUCGUCUUCUGCGACGACCUGCCAGAAGGCGAGCUGCGGAGGCAGCGCUGCCAGCUCUGGUGCUACCAGGGUUACCACAACGCACUUCCUAUCAGCGAAUUCCUGUGUGAUGUUCCCACCAAAACAUGGGUGUCAGAUGUUCCGCUCCCUCACGCGUGCCAGAGGCCCGGCGGCCUGCAGGCAGUCAAGUCCAGCAUCCUGCUCCAGCUGUCCCUGUCCCAAGGUCAGGAGCCAUGCAGCUCUCAGAGUCCAGCUCUCAGGCACUCUCUUCUACAGGACCUUAGGGCCCAGGGCCUGUGUAGCCUGCAGUCGGUCUACUCAGGAGGGAUUAACACCGUGUCCAUCUGCGACGAGUCGUCUGUGUUGCUGGACUGUGUGAGCGACGACAAACUCGAGGUGCUGAUCACACGCAGAGCUCAGCUCUCUGACCUUCCUGUUGAGGCUUUGCCUGACCUCCAUGACAUUGAUGCAGCCUUCAGCCGUGGGAGGCUGACGGAAGGCCUGGUGGACUUGAUCCGAAGCGGCUCCUACCCAUCCAUCUUCUCAUCUGACUCUGCUGUGGUUCUUGCUCCAGUCCUGAACUUCACCUGCUCACGGGGGUACCGGCGCAUUCCUGGAGUCACAGGAUGUGUCGCAUGUCCAUCCGGCACAUUCCUCAAUGGUGAGGUCUGCACUCUGUGUCCACUGGGAUCCUACCAAGACCAGGAGGGGAAGGAUUUCUGCAUCGAGUGUCCUGCUGGCACGUCGACUGCUGCUCUCGGGACGUACAGGGAUACACACUGUGUUACCGAGUGCCAGCGCAGUGCCCUGAAGUGCACCUCCUCUGGAGACUUCCAGGCAGCUCAGCAGGACACCCAGACAGGGAAGUGGGUGUGUGUCUCCCGUGGCGGUGAACAAUUGCUGUGGACAUCAUCCAUGGAUGUCCUCACUGAGCAGCAGUGCAGAGUGUUGGAGAAGUUUGAAACUGUGCCCAGUUCUCAGUGGGUGCUUGAAGCAGGAGAUGCUGUCAUUCUGCGCUCAGAGACCUUGGAGGAAGGGAUUGAAAACCAGACCAGGAAAUGUGUCUCUGACUGCGCAAAGGAUGAUUCCUGCCAUCACCUGGCUCUUUUCGCUGAAGGAGAUCGAGCUCACUGCGAGUUGUACGGUGCAGAUGAAUCCAACAUCAGAUGCGAGGCCUCUGGAAAAAGCAAAGGGUUUCUGGGAAAUGCUGGGGCAGAUAUGUACCAGAGUCUCAGCUGUUUGCUGAAGGUGCAAGUAGGGACCAGACGAGGUCUUGUGGUAUUGAAAAAGAAAGGUCAUGAGUUCACCAUGAAAGCCAAGAAGACGUUUGAGAAGCAGGCCUUCAGAAAGGUCAUCUCUGGCACCUACCGCACCGUGGUGUUUGCGGCUGAGGGAGCAACACUGACUGACGUCCACCGCUUCUGUCUAGAUGCUUGUAGCAAUGAUAGCUGCUGUGAUGGGUUCAUCCUCAACCAGAACAUCUUCAACGGAGGCACCAUCAUGUGCGGGCUGCUGAGCUAUCCGGAUGCAUUCAUGUGCAGUGAUACAGACUGGGACUUCAUGGGUCCGCAGGGGGCCAGACAGGCCUGUGGGGCGGGAGUCCAAUACAACAAGCUGAGGAAACAGUUGUUCUUCAGUUUUGGAGGGCACAACUUCACCAUCACUGAUGCAGCCUUGCCAGCAACGAGCAAAAACAAAACAGAUUACCAGGCAUCAAUCAUUUUGUUCCAGCGCAUUUAUUUCUGGAAUGAUUCAGACCUGGCCACUCGCCAAAAGUCUUCAGCUGCCUGUUUGGGUGUCACUCCUCAGGGGACCUCGGCAGCCCUGAUAUCAGAGGAAGUUAAGGAAGCCUUUUCUGCGGCGGACAGCGCGGCUAUCCUCGUCGAUUCGAAUCGGGAUGUUCCCAGCCUAAAGUAUCUCAUCUUCAAGCACAUGUACUCAGCAGAGCAAGCUGAACGCUGGUGUCUCAAACAGUGCGAGGAGGAGGAGUUCUGUCACCUGGCCGACGUGCGGGAUGAAAGCCGGCUGUAUUUCACCUGUGUGCUGUAUCCCGACAGCCGAGUGUGUGGCGCCUACGAUAAGCCCCUGCGACAGGCCUGCAGCCUGGUCUUGCCCCUCACCCCACAGUCAGCCUACACCAGGACAGUCACACUGGCAGGAAGUGUGAAGAACUUCUACCGCCGUGUACCAUUUAAGAAGAUGGUGUCAUAUUCCGUGCGCAGUCGUGUCAGUGUAACAUCGAAGCCCAUCACGGAAGGAUUUUUUGAGUGUGAGCGACGCUGUGACGAGGACCCGUGCUGCAGGGGAAUCGGAUACGUCAGGGAUACCCAGUCACCUGGCUCAGAUGUGCUCUGUCUGACCCUGAACAGUCUGGGGAUCCAGACCUGUGGGGAAGAGGACCGGACCGGCUGGCGGGCCAUGGACUGCUCUCCCUCCAAAGUGGAAUCCAGGGUCUUUCCAUUCGGCUGGUACGAGAAGCCAGUGAACCAAUGGACCAGAAGUCCGCACCUUUGCCCGGCCUUCCGACUCACUGGUCCUUUACAGAGCGUAAAUAUGAGUGACUGGGAACCCCUGGGUAGCACCUCAGUCCUGACAGAUUCAUCCAUCUCCACGUUUGAUGUUAUUCACAUCAGCAAGGACAUUGCUGAGGACCUGGACCGCGUUAGAGACUGGUGUUUAUCAGCCUGUAUGCUGAAUGAGUCCUGCUCGCUUGUGGCCGUGGACAGGAAGGAAUCUGCCGUGCGCUGCACGCUUUACCCCGACACUCGCGCCUGCACCCCAGCUACAGGUGGUCUUACUUGCCGACUCCUGGUCAAAGAGCCAGCCCGGUACCUCUACCUUAGAAAAGGUGCAAAGCGGGAGCUAAAGUCAGUGCUCAUCCCAGGGCACGGGCGCCUCCUCGGAGACUCGCAGGUAGCGACCGUUGGCCAGGAAUGGAAACGGGUGGUGCGCUUCCUUGGGGUGCCAUUCGCUCGUCCGCCGGUUGGGCCGCUCCGCUUCAGUGCCCCGCAAUCCGCCGAUUGGAAGGACACAUGGAAUGCCACCUUCCCCCGUCCCAGCUGCGUGCAGCCAGGUGAUGUGGAGUCUGCUUUGGUCAGCGAAGACUGUCUGUAUCUGAACAUCUUCAUCCCCAACAGCAUUAAAGGCAACAGCUCUGUUCUGGUCUUCUUCCACAACCCCUUGAGAGGUCCCAGCGGUGAUGGGCCAAUGUUCUUGGAUGGCUCGUAUCUUGCUGCAGUUGGAGAUGUUAUUGUGGUGACGGCCAGCUUUAGAGUUGCAGCUUUUGGGUUCCUGAGUGCAGGCUCAUCUGGUAACAGCGGCCUUCAGGACCAAGCUGCAGCCCUGACGUGGGUUCAGAAGAACAUCGCUUACUUCGGGGGUGACCCUGCGAAAGUAACGCUAGGGGCGGAGCGGAACGGUGCUGACAUUGCCAGCCUGCUCCUCGUCUCUGCUGGGACCGGGAGACUCUUCCAAAGGGCUCUGCUCAUGGGUGGCUCGGCCUUCUCCCCGGCAUCUGUGAUGAGCAGCUCCAAGGCCCAGGAGCAGGUUGACAGUCUGGCUAGAGAAGUGGGAUGCCCCUCCUAUAGCCCCGCCCCUAGCCCCACCCCUGGCCCCGCCCCUAGUCCCACCCAGAUGCUCUCAUGCCUGCGGAGGGUGUCAGCCCCAGCUCUCAACGCUGCCCAAACCAAGCUGCUCUCUGUCAGUGGCCCUCUGCAAGCCUGGGCCCCUGUGCUCGAUGGGAUAUCUGUGAAAGAGAAUCCUUCUUCAGCUCUCCAGAAGGGGCGACUUCAUCACGUUGACCUAAUGCUGGGGUCUUCUGCAGAGGAUGGACUGAUCAGUCGGGCCAAAAAUAUCAAGAAAUUUGAGGAGCUACAGGGCCGGGUGGAUGGGAAGACAGCUUUUUACGAAGCCCUGUCCAACUCCUUGGGGGGAGACGGUGCCAACGAGCUGGUGAAGGAUGCGGCCACGUGGUUUUACGCCAUGCAGCACGACCCCUCGCCCGCAGGUUAUAAUGUCUUCUCCCGGGCCUUGGAAAACGCCACAAGGGAUCUCUUCAUCAUCUGCCCCGCAGUGAAGAUGGCCAGUUUCUGGGCUGCUCAGACAAGGUCCAAUGUCUUCAUGUACCACUUACCUGAGAAGACUGCCCAGACCAGUGCAGAUCUAUCAAUGCCCCUGGACCUCCAGUUUGUUUUCGGAGUCCCACAUCACCUGCAGACAAAGGAUGUUUUCACUGCUGCGGAAAGAAGACUUUCUCUACGUGUGAUGAACUAUGUUGCUAACUUUAUAAAGUCUGGGAAUCCCAACAAUCCACAGCCCUCCUCAUGGGUGUCCUUCAGUGAAAUGCUGCCCCCAUGGCCCAGGUUCCUGCCUCACCCCAGUGGGGAUAACUACAAGGAGCUUGGAAUCCCCCUCAACAACCGCAAGGGCCUUCGGCGUGUGGAGUGCUCCUUCUGGCAUGACUACAUCCCAGGCCUGGCGCUCUCCUCCGACAAACUGCUACGUGGGCUUUCCGAGGGACAAUCUGAAUCAACAGCAGGACCAAGCACUCUUAACAAGGUCAACACUUCAGCAGCAGCAAGUGGACCCAAGUCUGAAAAGGAUGCUUAUGCUUAAGUGUGAUGUCUUCUCAUCACACAUUUUUUUGAAAACGGAAUACAAUUCAGCUGCCUUCUUCCUGUUUGUGAUUACUAAGAAAUCCUAA